AUGGCCGCGAGCACGCGCACCCAUCUGCUGGACCUUCCAGACAGCCUCCUUGCGCGCGUCGUAGACCAGCUCAACAGGGAGCAGGACGCCGCCUCGGCGUCUGGUCGCCCGCAGGAUGCAGAGGACAGCCAUCCUCUGGACCCAGCGCCCGAGGCGGACGCAGACGGGGGCUGCGCGAUCAACAGGCUGAUGCUGUGCUCGCGAGACACGCUUGUGCGCGUCCUGACGUGCUGCUGCCUGCCCGUGGAGCUCUCUCCGAGCGUUCUGUGGAUCCUGUCGUCGAACAAGACGGGCCGGGAGCUGCUGGAGAGGAUCCCGGAGAGCGCGAAAGUGCGCGUGCGCGUUCAUUCGCGGCGUAGGUAUCAUGGGAACGGUUUUCCGUUCCGCGACGAGAUCCUCGACCAGCUCGACCCGGGCAGCGGCGGGCUGUCGGACGACAACGACACCGAGGACGGCGCCGGCGCGAAAACAGGCGGCGAGACCGGCGCACAGCAGGACACGCCGCGCAAGAAGGCCGGCAAGUGGCGCCGGCGCCCGCCGCACCCGAUCACCAUGAUCACCGGCUCCCCGAUGCUCGCCUCGCGCAUCACCGCGCUCGACGUCACCGACCGCCCCUUCGGCGUCAACCGCUCUGCCGCCGCGGUCGCCGCCAGCCUCUCCGGCGGCGGCGGCGACGGCGUCAACGACUCCGACUACGACAUCGAGUACUUCGCGCCCGUCUCCACCGCCGUCGCGGACCGCCUCGGCGGCAUGUUCCGCGACGGCCGCCUCCCGCGCCUGCGCUCCCUCGCGCUCAACGUCUGCACGCGCGACACGUGCGCCGUGCUGUGCCACCUCGGGCGGUGCAGCCUGCAGCUCGAGCAGCUGUCGAUCAUCGUCCGCGACGACGCCGGCUCGCACAGCUCGUACUCGCGCCGCGGCAUGUCGCAGCGCGGCCCGCGGCUCGGGGAGGCGCUGGGCGCGGCCGUGGGCUCGCUCACGUCGCUCACGUCGCUGCGGCUGCACCUGCGCAAGCCGCGGUCGUCGAUGUCGGUGAUGGGGUCGUACACGCGGUCGGGCACCGCCGAGGCGGUCCUCGCGUUCCUCGCAGUCUGCCCCGUGCUGACUCAGCUCCAACACCUCCACCUGUCAUACCUCGUGGUCGACCGCCAGUCGAGCUCGUCGCUCUCCGUGCUGGCCGCGCACGGCGGCGCGAACGGCCACGACGCCCCCGUGCCCCCGGACGAGAUCGGGCUUGCGAAUCUGCGCCAUUUGAGCAACCUCAAGUCGCUGCGCGUGCGGCGGCACCUGCUCAACAUCCCGCGCACCGAGAUGCCGCCCGCCGGGGACGCGCCGGCGCAGCGGCUGCCGCGCGUCGCGGGCGUGGGCUACCUCUCGCGCCUCGAGGACCUCCGACUGACGGGGGUCGACAUCUCGACGCUGUCCUUCAACCGCCUGUCGGGGCUCACGCGGCUGGAGCUGCGGUGCGGGCCGGGGCCGCUGGGGCGCCCCGUGCAGCUGUCGUCCGCGCAGCGCGCCGGGAUCCGCGGCGCGGUGAAGCUGCGCGAGCUGUCGUUGUCUGGGAUCGGGAACGGCGACUUCGUGGUGUCCCCGGAGCACUCGUCGCUGACGUCGCUGGUGGCCGAGGGCGUGGUGAUGGAGAACGGAGCGUCCGGGGCGCUGGAGUGUCCGAGCUUCUGCCCGCCGCGGUCCCUGCGAAAGCUCAGGCUGGUGCCGCACCGUCCGGGCAACGGCGGGGGCAACGGCGCGGGGCCGCAGGGCGGGAACGGCGGCAACGGCGGGCCGAUCGUGAUGCCGAUGUUCGCCGGGGGCGGCCCGAUGGCGGGCGUGCUGGCUGAGCUGGCGCAGAUGAUGCAGCCCCCCGGGGGCGACAACGACGACGGCGAGGCCGGGGACGAGGACCCGGGCGGCAACGACGGCGACGGCGACAACGACGGCGAGACUGGCAACAACAACGGGAACAGCGGCAACGGCUCUGCGCCGGUCGCGGAGGCUGGCACUCCCCCCCCGGAUGCCGCUGCUGGGCAGCCUGCGCCUGCGGACGAUGCGCCGCCCCCGGACGCCAGGCACCCCAGCGUGCGCGCCUUGGGGCGCGUGCGCGCCUUUCGGCGCGAAGUUGCAGGUGGCGGAGGCGGCGGCGGCGGCGGCGGCGGCGGCGGCGGCCAUCCUGGCUCGGACUCCAACGUCGCAGAUGGCAACAACGCGCAUGCGCUGGGCGCCGGGCCGAGCGACAACAGCACCGCCGCGACGGCAGGUGGGCCGUCGCGCGCGCGGAUGGGCGCGGCGCUCGCGUCCCGCCGGGUCCUGGGCCGCGGCGGCGCGGCUUGCACAGCCUUGCGGGACGACGUGCCGCGGCAGUCGCUGCCGGGCACGCCGCGGGCGGCAGCGGCGCCGGCGCGUCCACUGGCGCCGCCGCCGGCGCUGGUGUGGGCCGAGCACCGCCGGCGAUGCCGGCGCGGGGCCGAGCGCCCGUCCGGCUGCGCGUCGCAGCCGCGCAGUGCAAGGCGUCGCGACGGCGCCGGCCACGCAGCCGAAACGCACGCCACCGGCGGACGCGAUGCUUGUGGAGCUCGGCCAGCUGAAGCUCACGCACCUCGACCUCGCGUUCGUCCUCCCGCUCGUGGCGCUGGAGCCGAUCGGCCGCAUGGCCAGCCUCCAGUACCUGGCAGUGCGGAUCGCGGCGCCGCGGGCGCAGGCCGGCGGGAACGGCGCGGGCUCUGGCGGGUCUGCGCGGCCGCCGCUCGUGGCGCCCCGCUGGGACGCGAGUCCUUCGCCGUUCCGCCCGCUGCUGAAGCUCACGCGGCUGCGCGUGCUGUCGCUGUCGACGCCCGCGCCCGCGACGCGGCGCGUGACGAUGGCGGACAUCACGGGACACCCGCAGCCGCAUGGCUACAACAUGUCCGGCGUGUUCGAGUGCUUCCCCAAGUCCCUGCGCGCGCUGGUGCUCCGCGGCGUGGAAAUACACCCCCAGACCUGGGACCAGCUGUCGGGCCUGAGUCAGCUCGAGUUCCUCGCGCUGGUGCUGUCCGGGCCCGUGCACACCAAGGCCUGGCACGCCAUCGCGAAGCAGAUGCCGAACCUCAAGUCCCUCGUCGUCUGCGAGAGCCUCAGGCGCCCCAGCGACCCCCUCUGCGGCGUGUGGGCCGGCCUGGCGGGGAUGCUGCGCGCGCGCACGGGGUGCCACGUCGCGCUGGUGUACCGCCACCAGGCGCGCCCGCAGCACGUGCUGGGGGGGUUCCCGGGACUCCCCGUGGGGGGGUCCGACGCGGUGCUGUUUGCCAGCGGCGUGCAGCAGCUGGCGGUGCACCCCGUGCCCAAGUCGCUGUCGACGUUCCUGCCCACGAUCGAGAUCCACGGGUCCUCGGCACACGUCCGGAAGCUGAUCGACUUCCUCGGCGUGCUCGAGCCGCCGGAGUCGGCGCAAGCGGGCAACGACAACGGCAACAACCCCCAGGGCGCAGGGCCGAUCGCGCUCAACGGGCUGCACGGGUUCGGGCUCGGAGGGCUGGAGAUGACGUUCGAGGACGAGGAGGACGACAUGACGGCCAGCGAGGGCAACGUCUCGCCGCCCCCGGAGUUCCCGUCCGAGCUGCAGAGCGAAGGCAAUGCGCAGGUCGAAGAACUGGGCGGCGCGGGCGACGGUGCGGGGCCCGCGCCCUGAUGACGCGGCCGGGGCCGCGGCUGUAUGGGCCUGCCUGCGCGGGCGGGCCGGCAUCGGCCAUGGCGUGA